CUUCUUCAAGUUUACCGCGCCAACCAACUGCAUUCUCUGCUCUCUGCUGCUUCCUUCCUGCACUUCAUUCACUUGUGACAUUAUUGUUUUUCAGUUUCGUUUUACAUACCCAGUUGUCUUCACGGGAAAAACGAACGAUUUUGCUUCGUGGGUUGCAUCGAAAACAAGACCCGAGAAGCGUUUUUGGUUUUUGUUAUGCCAUGGCUAGUAGCAGGAUUCGUAGCAAGAAGGCGACGCAGUUCUGUAGUCUCCCACUCAGAGGAUCAAUAUUCGGUAAAUCCAAGCGUGGAAGGAAGAAGAGAGUGCAGGAAAAUGAAGGUGAGCCUCGUGUGGCUUUUAUCAGUUUAUGCUCCAGUGAAGAAGAAGAAGAUGAAGGGGUCUCUGUUUUGAGCAGUGGAGGUAAAGAUGAAGGUGUGACAGAAAUCAAGGGAUCAGGGUUUGGAGCUGCUGAGGGGAAACAGAGUAGUUUGAAGGGGAAAAGGGUAGCUGAAUCUGAUGUUGUAUUUAUGGGAGAAUGUGUGGAUACAGGGGAAUUUGGUUCUGGUUUUGGUAAGAAACGAAAGAGAAAAUCGGCAGAGCUUAUUGUAAUCGGUGAAAGUGACGAUGAUAAUGGGACUGAAUUGGGUAAACAGGUGCCUGUGCACGGUGUUGAUGUUAAACAAGAAGAACAAGACAUGGGUGUGGAUGAUAAAGGUAAAAAACAUGUUGUGGUUGUGAGUAGUUCAGAAAAUGAAGACAGUGGGAGUGAUUCUGAGAAGAAUGGAUUUCAGGGUUUUGUUGGUGGUGGAGAGGGAGACAAGAGUGACAGAGGUGAAAAGUGUUCUGAAUCUGACGACCAAGGUCCAAAUUUUCACAGUGAUGGGUGUGGUUGGGCACCUAAAGAGCCGAUUGUAAUUAAUUUUGAUGGAAAUAAUCUGAGUGAGGAUGAAAGUAGUGAGGCUCAAAGUGGUUCAGCUGGUGAUGAAGAUGUUGAUGAUGAUAUUGGAUCUUCCUCUGAGAGUGAGGAUGAAAACUCCAGUGAUGAGGAUUUUAGAGCUGAGGAGGUGUCAGGUUCAAACUGCGAGUUUUCUUCGUCUGAUGAGUCUUCCUCUUAUGAUGAUGACAAUGAGAAGCGGCUGCGGCCGGGUAGACCUAGGUAUUCAGGAUGUUCUAGGCCUUGUAAUGAUCAAGCGCAUGAGGAGGAUAAGAAGAAACAAGAUAGCUCUAGAUCUCAUCAUAAUGUGUUGUUACGAAGAAGGACAAGAGAUUCAACAAAGGUCGAUAACAGUGAGAGGGUUGAUAAUAGUGAGAGAAAUAGUCCCAUUGCUGAUGCUAGUGACAGUGUGAUUGGGGAUCUUGGUACUCAGGGAGGCGGAGAAGAGCAUCAUGAUAAAAAGGGGAUUGAAGAAAAGGAUGAUGAUACUCAUCAGGUAGAUACCCUGCUGCAAGCUUAUGAGGAGAAACCCCUAUUGAAGCGGAACUUUAUGGAGGAUGAACCAUUGGAAAAAUCGGAGUCUAAGGAAGAGUUGGACUGUUUGUGGGCUGAGAUGGAUUUGGGGCUUAGAUCAGAUGACGAAGGUUCAGUUGUUAGAAUCGCGUCUUCAUUGCCAAGAAAAAAAGACAGGAUGGGAAGAGAGUCAGCUAAACUUGCUGAUACUAAUGAGCGUGUGAAUGCGAAUCUUGGUACUCAGGGAGGAGAAGAUCAUCAUGACAAAGGUUCAGUUGUUAGAAAUGUUUCUUCAUUGCCAAGAAAACAAGAAAAGCUGGGAGAGUCAGCUGAACAUAAAAUCGUGGAGAACGGGGGAAGGGUUUGCAAAGGUCGAAUUAACACAAGCAAUCAUGAAAAGAAAGCACGGGUGGAUAAAAGAUUUGGUAACAAAGAUGGGCAUCACAGGGUCCAUACGAUGCCAUUGAAGCGGAAGGAGCAACAGUUGCUUGAUCUCCUUGCUGAGUGCCUUUUGGGAAAGCAAAAGGAAACCAAGGGAGAUAGAAAUGGGUUUGAAGAGCAUGAUGAUGAUAAUCCUCAGGUAGAUACUCGGUCACCAGCUUAUGGGGAGAAACCCCCAUUGAAGUGGAACAUUAAGGAGGCUGAACCAUUGAAAAAAUCGGCGUCUGAGCAAGAGCUGGAUACUUUGUGGGCUGAGAUGGAUUUCCAGCUUAUAUUAGAAGAAAUCAAUUCCCCGGUUGACAUUAUAGGGAAUAAUGAAGGAAGGGAAAAUCAAACCUUUAUUUGUAAGCACGACUUUCGCAUUGACGAUGAGAUUGGAGAAAUUUGCAGAAAAUGUUCUUGGGUUGCCAAUGAGAUAAAAUAUGUCUGGCCACCGGUGGUGGAUGAAUAUCCUUCCAAAGGGUCACGGAAUAGGGUGUCAUCUGGUGUAGAUACCGUCUUGCACUCUUAUGAUGAUCGGUUCAAUAUUUCUGAGGGUGACAAAGACGGUGUUUCCCCUCAAAAUGAAGGCACAGUUUGGGACCUGAUUCCUGAUAUCAAACAAAGCCUCUAUCCUCAUCAACAAGCAGGCUUUAAGUUCAUUUGGACGAAUUUGGCCCGGACCAUGAACCUUCACAAUCUGAAGACUGCUGAUCCUUCCAGUGCGGGUGGGUGCAUUAUUUCCCAUGCGCCUGGAACCGGAAAGACAAGGUUAACAAUCGUGUUUCUUCAGACAUAUCUGGAAGUGUUUCCGAAAUGCCGACCGGUAAUUAUUGCUCCUGCUAUUAUAUUGCGUACUUGGGAAGAUGAGUUCAAAAAAUGGAACAUAGGUGUUCCGUUCCACAACCUCAACACCCCUGAACUAUCUGGAAAAGAGCACAUUGAUGCCACUAAUGAGGUUGACUGCUCUGGAUCACCGCAUAAGAAUAAGGAUGCCGUUCGUAUGGCGAAGUUGUAUUCAUGGUUCAAAGAGAAGAGCAUUCUGGGAAUCAGCUACCAAUUGUUCGAGAAGCUUGCAGGGGGAAAUUCCAAUAAGAAAAACAGGAACAUGAGAAAAGAGAAGAAGCAUGCGAGUAUGAAAGAGAACCCUGAACCUGAAACCAGUGUUCUGGGAAAAGUUCUGCUUGAAGUUCCUGGUUUGCUAGUUCUAGAUGAAGGGCACACGCCUAGAAAUCAGCGCAGCUCUAUUUGGAAUGUUCUGUCGAGAAUUCAAACUCAGAAGCGGAUCAUUCUCUCUGGCACUCCUUUCCAGAACAAUUUUGUGGAACUCUACAACACUCUUUGCUUGGUGAAACCAUCCUUUCCUGACAUGAUACCGCCGGAACUCAAAAAGUUCUGUCAGAGUAGAUUAAUGCAGGAAAGGAAAGCAUCUCAAGAUUUCACUUGGGAACAGGUCUCUCCGGGAAACAUCACAACAGGAAAUCCUUCUGAUGUAAAGAUACAGCAGUUGAAAUUGUGGAUGGAUCCGUUCGUUCUCGUUCACAAAGGAAGCAUUCUUCAAGAAAACCUUCCUGGUUUGAGGGAUUGUGUGCUGAUUUUGAAGCCUGACAGUUUGCAGAAAGAAAUUCUAGAGAGCAUUGAAAGUUCUCAGAGCCUCCUCAACUUUGAACAUAAGUUAGUUCUCGCAUCUGUCCAUCCAUCGCUUUUCCUCUGCUGUACUUUGACAGAGAAAGAAGAAUCUGUUGUUGACAGGGACCGGUUGGAAAAACUUAGAUGGAACCCUUAUGUAGGUGCCAAAACCAGAUUCUUGGUAGAGUUUGUGAGGCUGUGUGAGGCGGUCAACGAGAAAGUUCUUGUGUUUAGCCAAUUUAUUGAUCCUUUGAAUUUAAUCAUGGACCAACUCAAGUCAAAUUUUGAUUGGAUUGAGGGGCAGGAAGUGUUGUGUAUGUGUGGAAAGCUUGAUCAAAAGAAAAAGCAGCACAUGAUUCAUGGCUUCAAUGAUGAAAAGAGCCGAGCAAAGGUGCUUCUUGCAUCCACAAAAGCCUGUUCAGAGGGAAUCAACUUGGUUGGCGCUUCGAGAGUCGUGCUCCUGGAUGUUGUGUGGAAUCCAUCAGUGGAAAGGCAAGCUAUUAGCCGAGCGUAUAGACUUGGCCAAAAGAAGGUUGUUUACACAUAUCACCUAAUCACACAAGACACCGCUGAAUAUGCAAAGUAUUGUAAACAGGCCGAAAAGGACCGGAUAUCUGAACUGGUUUUCUCAGAUCGAAAUGCUGAAAAUGAUAGAUCAAAGAGUGGUGCAGUAAAUUUAGAGGAUAACGUUCUUGAUAUGAUGAAAGAUCAUGACAAACUCAAGGACUUGUUUGGUGAGUGUGUGGUACAACCAAAGGAGAAAUAUUUGAUUGAGAGUUUUGGCUCUUGAUUCGUUGAGGACUUAAAAUGGUUGUGCAUGAUUCAGUCAUCUUUUUGUUUGUGGCAGUUAAAUGUUACACUUCUGUUCUGUAUACAGUUACAACUCUGCUAAAUAGCUGAAUAUUUUUUGUAUGUGCAAGGGUCACUUUCUUUGUUGCACCAGUUAUUUCUAGGAUAAUUAGUCAAGAGACUCUUUUCUUUAACCCCAUGAAGAUAUAUCAAAUAGUCAAA